GUUUGUUGUCAUAAACGUAAAAUGGCAGUCGCUACGGGAGUCUGAUUGUGGUGCAUCUGUGUUGAAAAUUGAAGAAAAACAAUAGUUUUUUUCGUGAUUGAGUGUUUUAAACUGUUAAGUAAUGGUUUUUGGACUAUUCUUAUCAGGCAUUAUGUUCUGAGGUGUACGAGAUGCAAAUCAGCGAAGCGGCCGGUGGGGUGCCGGCACUGGGGGCGGAACCUUGCAGGUUCCCCAAGCUCGAAGAAUGCGCCCAUUUCCACUACGAAAGGGUGCAGCUGCCCCCGCUGUCCGUCACCCUGCAAACCAACAUGGACCAGUCACUACAUUCACAACACACAAACGAUGAUAGCGACAUCGAGUGGUUCAUGGUCCAAGUAACAUCCGGAGACGCGUGCUGGAUUAUCCAAAGGAGUUUCGAAAACUUUACAAUGCUGGAUGAUCAACUUCAUCAGUGUAUCUUCGAUAGAAAAAUAUCACAACUCCCAGAACUUUCUAGUCAGUCUGCAAACGAUGAAGACCUGGAGACCCAACUAAUCCUCUACCUGGAACGCUUUAGCAAAAUCGCCGAUAAUUCAGUAAACUGCGGGCCGGUGCUAAAUUGGCUACAAAUGGAUAACAAAGGCCACCGAUUGCUUGUGCCUAGCGAAGAAAGUCGAUCGAUCAAUACUCCAGCAGUUGCAGCUGCUUACAGCGUCCGCAGAUACGUUUCGCAGGCUCGAGACGAACUGAACUUAGAAGUAGGAGACAUGAUCUCAGUAAUAGACAUGGCUAGUCCAGGGGAGUCGAUGUGGUGGCGGGGCAAAAGGGGUUUUCAAGUGGGGUUUUUUCCACAACACUGUGUUCAUAUUAUAGGUGAUAAGGUGCCAAGAAAUAUGCCUCUCCCACCGCCUGUUGUUGGGUCCUUAGCAUUAACACCGAUUAAGCCAGUUUUGAGAAAACACGGUAAACUGAUCACGUUCUUUAGGAGUUUUAUUUUGAACAGGCCAUCGAGGAGGAGACUCAAACAAUCGGGCAUUUUAAAGGAGAGGGUAUUCGGAUGUGACCUGGGGGAACACCUGCUCAAUUCUGGCAACGACGUACCGAUGGUACUCAAAUGCUGUGCCGAAUUCAUUGAGAGGAACGGCAUUGUCGACGGAAUUUACAGGUUGUCUGGUGUUACCUCCAAUAUUCAGAAGUUAAGAAAUUCGUUUGACGAAGAUAGAAUACCAAAUUUAUUUACUGAAGAUAUUUUACAAGAUAUUCAUUCGGUAGCGUCUCUUCUAAAAAUGUACUUUAGGGAGCUUCCGAAUCCGUUAUGUACGUACCAACUCUACCAAAGUUUUGUCAAUGCAGUUCAGGGCUGUAAUACUGCAAUAAGAAAUUCAGAAUCUGAUCACGACAGACUUUUAAAAAUGAGAGAGACUGUACAAAAGUUACCUCCGCCUCAUUAUAGAACCCUAGAGUAUCUGAUGAGGCAUUUGGCUAAGGUAGCAAAGCAUGGUUCUAGUACUGGAAUGACUACAAGAAAUGUAGCUAUCGUUUGGGCGCCGAAUUUAUUGAGGUGCGAAGCCUUGGAAGUAGGAGGAGUGGCAGCUUUGCAAGGAGUGGGAGUUCAGGCUGUAGUGACGGAAUUUUUAAUAUGCUACGCCGAUCUGAUAUUUUGUGAUCACUUGCCUAAUUUCGAUCAACCAAGCACGGCUACCGAAAGUCUGCUAUCGAAGAAAUGUCGGCCUAAUAGCCUCGCUAUUUCCACGCCCACAAAACUCAUUACGUUAGAAGAAGCUCGAAGCAAACAUUUAAUGAAUAAAACUGAAGAGUGCAGUUAUAUUGAAGUUGGAGGAGGACCUAAAAAUCUACCCAAGAAGUAUCAUACAGUCAUUGAGUUACCAUCGGGUGCAAGGAAAAGAGGCCAUACCAAGCGUUCGCCAUUGGGUUGGAGAAUGUUUUUCUCAAAAUCCAGGAAUCAAACUCAGGGCAAUAUACCAAAAAACCGCAAGGCUUCCACACCUGUAUCAAUAAACGAAACAUUCAUAACCGAAUCGGACCUAUGUGAUAUAAAACGAAAAUUGCGAUCAGUGAAAUCAGCAGAAAGCUUGACGUCAGGUCUUUCGGAACCCGCAAAUUCUGAAGACAUUUUGGCGCCAUUACGUUCGUUAAAUAAACCUCCUGGUCAUAACAGGUCCGUAUCGCACGAUUCUUAUUUUGAUACCCUGCAAAAUUCUCAAAAUAAUUCCGAGGGAUCGCUAUUAGAUCUCAGCGAAAUACAGCUCAAUUUUGAAUUGGAAGAGUCGGAAAUGAGGAUAUUUUCUGAGGAUGAAAGUUUGGUUAGUUCGCCUAGAAUGCAGAAAGAGUCUCAGAGAAGAGUUUUAACCCGUGCUAGACCCGAAGAAUACAGCAGCACGACAAACUCCGUAAACCCAUCACCGAAGAAACAACCUCGCGUCGUAUUUUCUCCGGAAUCUCAAUCCCGGAAGCGGACUAGACUCGAAGAUCAACUCUCGGACAUCCAAUACAUCGAUUGUAAUACUCCUGACAACGUAGUCUCGACGACGGCUGUGAUACAUGCUUUCCCUGAAAGCCCUGUACUUCAAACGAACAAAUUAUUUGACUCCUACCAACCCAAAAACAAAUCGCCAAGAAACUCGGAUAAUUUAGAUAAGAGGCAGUCUUUGGAUUUAGAUAAUAACAGUAAAACAGUCAUGACGAAAUCUUUUACUGAUAUUGAUCUAAACCAGGCAUAUUUGGGGGAUAAUAGUUUAUUGACAACUCCUACCCCAGGAUCUCCAGGGUAUAAGCAAUUAGGAGAAAGUAGUUCUAAUACUACGCCCGGUAUUUCCCCGGCUUACGACAGUUCUCCGACUGAAAGUACCUUCCAGAAGAGAGAAGUAAAAUCACCUAUCAUACAAAAAAUACCUAAUUACGAAAAUAUUCGUACUACAAUUAGUAUAACUUACAAAUCCCCACCUCGAAGUACUCCUACAUCACCUUUGAAAAAUCCCACUUCUCAUAUAUAUGAAAACGUCAUUUUAAAUACCGAAGAAGUGGAUAUUCCGACAUCUACCGCUUCUCUUCCCGUUCAAGAAGCUUCGCUGUCAGUGAAUGGUGAUUACGUUUCGGAUAGACCGAAAAGUCUAAGCGCUCUUGAAGAUCUAUCGCCCAGUAAAGAUUCCACAAUCAAAGCUAAUCUCAGUUCGAGCGCUAUUUGCAAUACAAGCGAACCUUUGUCCAUUGGUAGCUACAACGAUCAAAAAACUGUCAGUUCUAACCACUCGUCAGCUUCCAAUAUACAAUACACCGCGAGUAUUAGUUCCGCACCGUACCAUUAUAUUGACAAUUCGGAGCGUUGCAGUCCAAGCGAUUUCAGCUUAAGUGAAGUAGUCGAAAGCUCAUUUGACAAUUUAACUACGAGCCAAACGUCGCUGAGCUACCCCGGAAGUCCGAUGAAGAACACCCCAAGUCCAAACGUCAGUUUAACUCAAAUUUACGACUGUUCUUCACACGAAAUUCUGACACCCGUCAGCCCAACCGAAACGAAAAACACCAGCGAAGGGCUCAGCCUUGAAAAUUUAGAAAAUCUACUGACUGAAGAAGCAGAAGAAUGCCCAAUAAAUAUGAAUUUAAUCGAAUUUAGCCCGACGGAAACGGGAAUAGAACUAAGUCCAGCUAAGUUAUGCAACAACGAUAAAAGAAAAUCGGACGAGACUGAGUAUACAGACGAGAACAUAUACCAACAGGUUAAAUAUUUCAGGCGGUCUAUCCACGAAGUCAACGCUCUACUAGACUUAGAAGACAAUCCUGGAGAUGUUACCGGUAACGGAGCACCCGAUUUAGAAGUAAAAAAUGACGAAAUUGAAUGUAAAGAAAAAAAUUGUGAUCAACCUGAAGUCAAGAAUGAAUGUGUCGAAGAUAAUAAUUAUGAUUCUUUGGAACCACAGAAUGUGCAUGUGAAUGAAAUUGUCGAAGAGAAAGUUUUGCGUGAUGAAAGGGUGUAUGAAAAUGUAGAGAUCAAGACUGAAAAAGAAGAUUCAGUAAGAGAAUCGAGUUGUACAGUAGAAGAUAAGAAUAAAGAGGUAGCUGUAGAUAUUGUUACUGUGCCUAGUGAAAACCCAGUAUUACCCGUAGAAGACUCUGAAGAUAGUACAAAUCUUGACAAUAGUCCUAGAUUAAUGAAGUUCUACGAAAAAGAUAGCCUUCCUCCUUGUUUAAGAGCCCGCAAACUCAAGCACCAAUUAAAAACUCGGUCAUUAGACGAAGAAGAUUUCGAAAAAGAGUUCGGCUCGAAUUCUAUCGGUAAACAAAAUUCCUUCGACGAUCGUAUGGGAUACAAAACUAAUUCGUUACCGAAAACUUUAAACCAACCUAAAUCUUUGCCUCUGGAUGACGGUAAAGUCAGUUCUUUGCAUUUGGCGCACAGUUCAGAGAAUAUUAAUAGUAGUCUAAGUGAAGAAGAGCAGCAGAAGAAGAGGGAAAGGAUAGAGAGGUAUAAAGAGGAAAGAAGAAGAAUAUUGCAGGACAGAUACAGAUCGGAGUCGUUCAAGGAAAACAAAGAAGUUCUCCUCACUCGAUUGCGUAUCUUUAAACCCAAAGAAGAAACUACGGAGAUAUUAAAAACACCUGAAUCGGACCGACCUCCCCGCAACAGGCGACGUAGUUUUCGCAGCGAGGACAGCGACAAUCAAGAACAAUCAUCUUUGAGGUUAGAAGAGCCUACGAAGCCUGUAUCCCAAGAACACGUCGAAGACAAUUCUAGACUAGAGGGAGUUGCCAAUUCGCAGCCGGCAACCAAUUCAGCGACGAUAAGUACAGAGGAAGAUGUCAAACAUAAUACAAAGGCAGAAGAAUAUUCUAAACCCAGUUUAAAGUUCGAGGAAUUCUCUAAAGCGAAGCAAACACAAGAAUCACCUAAAGAAGAUCGUUCUCCUCCCAUUUCCAAGCCAAUGACGGAAAGUUUAAAAUCUCGAGCGGCAAUCUUCGAACAGAAUUCCCAUAAGAUGUCGCCACCUACGAGUCUAAUCAUCCACAAACCCCGGUCGAUAAAACAGAGUGAUACUUUCGGGAAAAAUGUACUACAAGAUAGCCGCGAAAAGACUUACGGAAGAAUCGAAAGGAAACAGAGCUUGGAAGAGGAGCUAAAAGAUUUGGAGUUUAUCAGAACUAAGAAUAGGGAUGCAGAUAUUUUGAAAGAUAGGAGGCAUACUUACGAUACUAGGGAGAGGGAGUCGGAAGCUGAAAGGAUGAGGAGGAUUAGUUUGGAUAAUAAUAGAAGUCCAAGGAAAGAAAAAGCAUCACCAACAUACUGCAUAAAAGACAUGAAGGCUAUUUUUGAAUCAAAGUCAAAACAGUAACUUGUUAAAUAUUAUUAUAUAAAAACAUUAUAUUAGGUUAUUAGCAAAAAUCUGAGAUAUAGCGAAUUGACCAAAUGUUAUUUACUUUGUAAAGAUAAAUUUUGAAAAUCUGUAUAUAUUUUUUUAGUGUUUUUAUUUUAAUUUUAUUUGUAUCAUUUGUUUUGCUGCCUAAUUUUUAAAACAGGUUCUCGCACUCAAAGAGUACUUUCAAGUCAAUACAUUGAAUGAAUGUAUGUCGGUUUUUUUUUUUUCGACACGGCCUGUUCAAAGCAGUGGCGCACAUUGCGUACUCAAUAUUUUCGUUUAUUUUUAGAUUAUUUUUUCUUUUGCAUGGGAAGUUAAUUUUAUUCCGGAACAUUUAAAAAUCACAGAUUUUUGUGCACUGAAUCGGAAAAUCAAAUUAUUAGUUUCAAUAGUUUGAACAAUAAAAAAUAUUUCCAGCGUAUCUAUAAAAAUUAUUAGGUAUAUUUAUAUUAAUUAAACUUAAUAAACUCAACAAUUCCGCAUCUAAAAUGAACAAAGAUAUUCCGAAUAUUAAAAUGAUACAUUGGGGUAAUUUAAUGAUAAAUUUGAAUUCAAAUCAGUUUAAUAUCAGAAUAAAUUUGUCAUGAUUUAAUAUUUAAGCGAUAGAAAUUUCAAAAGAGAUGAACAAAUAAUAAUUAGUAUCUUUUUUAUACGUAUUUUCUGGGAGACUGAAUAAACAUAUUUUCGAACUUGUAUUUCACAAACUAGCCAAAGGACUGAAUAAUUGGAUCCGCUGCCAUAUUCGGUCAGUAUUAAGCACAGUGGAAAGGCGAUUCAGUGAUUAUAAUCUUGAUUGAGAGUUUCAUCGGGGUCAGAUCAAUGACGAUUUCGUGAGAAGGGUGAUGGAUGGGUUUAUUUUGGUGAUGAUUAAACAAUUCUCGAAAGUUUUCACAUAUUUUUGAAGAACCAUAACAAACCUAUUACAAUUUUUUUUAAAUUUAAUACCUCGAUUCUGUGCACAAAAUUACGAAUGAAAUCAAACAUCAGAUCUGUGAAAUUAUAAAGUUACUUUUACCUGAAAACUGUUGUUUUAGCAAUAAAAUAUUUACGAUAAUUAUUAAUAAUAACGCUAAAACUUAAGUAAAUUAAAAAUAUAAUAAAUAAUUCCGAAUUUCUGGAAAUUAUAAACAGAGCUUGUAUGUACCUAAUUUCUUUUAAAUACUAGAAAAGAUUACAUUUGUUAUUAAAAAAUAAUUAUAAAAGAUAAAUCUAUUAGAGAAUAGUGAAACUUUCUACUUCUAAUACAAAAUCAAUACAAUUUUCUCAGCAAUAGUUUAGAUUAUACCAUUUGAAGAUACCUAGCCUCUAUAAUUGAUAAACUGUACCUAAUAAAUUAUCGAUUUCUCAUACCAUUUUGAAAACUUCUUUCUUCAAACUCAUUAAAAAAAUACUCUGUUUUGCGCUAAAUAUAUUUUAAAAUAAGAUUCCUCAGUUUUCAGUUAUGUAAUGUAGCUUUAUAAAGAAACGAAUUAAAUUUAAUAUAUUAAGGACAAUAAUAUAUAUUUUUCAUUUCCCAAUUUGAUUUUUCUUUUUUUAUGUUUUCUAAUUUAUUUUUUGAAUUUUGUAAAUAAAUGUAACUAUGCUUAAUUCAAGAAAAAUAUGGUUAUGUUUAAUAAACUGUAUAAUCUA